AUGCCCAGUUUGUGUCUAGGGACCCGUGACUUGGGUGCCAUAUUGUAUAUCCCCUUCGUCGGCUGCCAGAUUGCCAAGAUCUGCCACGAGCUUGACAACGGCAUCUGCUUCUUUAACCUCCACGGAGGCUACGGCUUCUUCGGCAUCAUGAUUCGAGCAAAUGCACUGAGAAUCAUCAAUGAUGGAGAGUCCCUCGAAGAAGAAUCACCUCGUAUGGGAAAGUCAGUCCUCACUAUAGCAGCAAUCAAAUCAGCAGGCUACUCUGGAAAGUCCACCACAAUAAUUCCAUACCCUCCCUUCUCUGUCAGGCUGAUUGAAAAAGCCCAGCAUCUGAGCAUUCACCCAACAAAGUGCAACGAAAACCACAGACAGACUACCGAGACAGGACGUUGUCGGUGGCACGUUGGUAGUUCAUUGUACCGUGAACAGCACACUCGAGAACAGCAUGUGUAUGAAGCAUAA